AUGCCAGCGUGGCGCGGGCGGUGGGGGGGCUUCUGGGAGCAGCGGGCGAGGCAGCUGCAGCGUCAGGUGCAGGCCAAAGAAGAGAGAAUAGUUGAACUGGAAACUGAAAAUGCCAUUCUUCAUCUGAAAUUGGCGGAGUACCAAGAAACGAUGGGGAAGAGCAGUGGGGCGGCCAUGCGCUUCGGCAUCCUGUGCGCUGAGCAGGAGCGUCUGCAGAGAGGUGCACACUCGACCCUGGUCCAGCUCUGCCGCGCCAUCCAGAAAGUGAAACAAGACAUAAAGGAGCUGCAUUCCUCUUCUCUGGAACUUUUCAGAAACUGCCAGGAUCAGCAGCAGGACUGUCUUUCUGAGAUAGUGAUGGCCGUGCAGGGGGCGCAGCUCCACCACGAGGCUCUGCUAGUGUGGCAGUCAAAGGCAGGUCACCUCGAGCGGUCCUUAUGGGAAAUGAACGAGCGAUAUCAACUCGAGAAGCAGAAGAGAAAACUGCUCCACAACCGAUUGGUGGAGCUGAAAGGGAAUAUCAGAGUUCACUGUCGGAUCCGUCCUCUGCUGCCUUUUGAUAAUGAAUCUGAUGAUCCAGUUUCACAGAAGAGCUCCAUGUCUGCAGAAGUGGCCCACGCCGUGGACGAUGAAACAGUCCUGGUGAAAUGUGAUCGGCCUGGUCACCCUUUCAUUAAUAAGAUGUAUAAUUUUGAAAGAGUUUAUGGUCCAGCAGAAUCUCAGAGAGUGAUAUUUGAAGAUGUGUGCCCUCUACUUACGUCUCUCUUAGACGGGUACAAUGUUUGCAUUAUGGCUUAUGGACAGACAGGAAGCGGGAAGAGCUACACCAUGUUGGGCCCAGAUUACAAAAAGGAGCCUGUCCUGCCCUUGGAAUCUCACAGCGACUUAGGAAUCAUCCCCAGAGCCGUUAAAGAACUCUUCAGGCUUAUUUCAGAAAAUCCGUCGAGGAGCCCAAAGGUUGAAGUUUCCAUAGUGGAAGUUUAUAAUAACGACAUUUUUGACCUUCUGGCCAAAGACAGUUGUGCAGUGACCUCUGGGGUCAAGCGUGAGGUGCUGACAACCAAGGAGGGAAAGAAGGAGGUCCCCUCGCUGACCUAUGAGUCUGUCCGCAGUGCAGAGGAGUUCAUGACGCUUGUGGGCGGACAUCUGCAGCUCAGGGCGAAGCAUGCCACCCUCGUGCACGCCGACUCUUCCAGAUCUCACCUGAUCAUAACAGUGACUCUGACCACAGCCCCCUCCUGGGAUGGCCCUGCCGACCAACAGUCAGAUCGGUCACUGCUCAAGGAGCUCGACUGCCCCUUGCCCCAGCAGCCGGCCACAGGGAGAAGGCGGAGCGCUGCCCCCCGAGCCUCGUCCAGGUCCCCGGGGGCCACGCCUGAGAGCCCCGCCGGACACGUGGAGCAGGUGCGCGCCAAGCUGCAGCUGGUGGACCUGGCAGGCAGCGAAUGCGCUGGUGUGUCUGGAGUGACAGGAGUGGCCCUGAGGGAGACGUCGUUUAUAAACCGGAGCCUGGCGGCCUUGGCUGACGUCCUGGGGGCCCUGUCGGAGUGCAGAGGCCACAUCCCGUACCGGAACAGCAAGCUCACCCACCUGCUCCAGGAUGCUCUCGGAGGCGAUGCAAAGUUACUGGUGAUUCUGUGCGUGUCCCCCUGCCAGAAGCACGUGGCAGAGACGCUGCAGAGCCUGGGGUUUGGUGCCCGGGCACGGCAAGUCCAGCGAGGCCUGGUUAGAGGAGGCCGUCCGGCCCCCAGAAAGCCCAGGUAA